GUUGCAGAUGGUAUUGCCAAUGUUAUCAUAUAUGACAGUGCCUGUUCACCAUUAGCGACGGGAAGAUCGAUCCUCAAUCUUUCUCUUGUGGUCAAUCACGCAGUACAGAUUGAGCACUUCAAACAAGAAAAUAAACUCAACCCUGCAGCGGUGUAUCCUGUCGGAACCGUAUACAAAGUUCACUUAGUUUCAUGAUAGUUAGGAUUUCAGUCGACCUUUCUCUGUAUUCUUCGAUGAAAUGUCGGAAAUUUUUCAGUGAAAUAACUGACUGUGAUAAGUUUUGCGUGCCCCAUAGAAAGAAUUGUUCUACGAGGACGCCUUGUUCGGUGUUGCUGUUGUGUUGCGAGGAGGUCUUGAUUUGUGAGGUUUCUGUAGAUCUCAAGGUAGUAAAGUCAGCCGUCCAAUUCUCCCUUCAAGGUAAACUUAAUAGGCAUUGUCAAAGUGACACUGACUCGAGUUACACUGGCAUGAUACUGAAAUGAGUGGUACUGAAACUGACAAGAGUGAAACUCUUCAGUAGUGACCGCCACUGGGAAGAUUUAGUAGUUCUGCACAAUAUUAUUAUUUUUCCAAAGGGGAAUUUUAAACCAGUAGGGGGUUUAUGCAAGACCCUGACUGCUAAGUUUAGAGACGAGGAGGAAGGAGGAUUAGAGUUUAUGUCUUAUAGAUAACGAGUGAGAGGGCUCGCUUGUGAGAUAAUGAGUAAGAAGAGAAGGUUAAUGAAUGAAAGAUAAUGAGCGAGUGUUAACGAGGCAGGGAUAAUGACAAGGACAGGUGGAAGGGGGGGGGGGCGUGCGCAGGUGAGGGCGGGUGCCAGUGCCACAAGCAGCUGGUCGUGGCAGCAGCAGUCAGCUGCUACCACAGCCAGUCAGGUUGUGAGCAUUGUCGCGCGAGCACACGCCAGUCCCCCGCGCCUCUAAGUGUCGUGUGGUUGGAAACUUAGGCGCGUCGUCAGGUUUCCUAACCCCCCGCGCCCUCCUUCAAAGUCGCCCACUUACUACCACCUUCUUCAGGUUUGCGGUCUUCGGCGGGCACGUUGUGGAGCCUCGGUGGUGUGGGUGACGGACCAUGUCACCCACAUUGUACCCACCUCCUUCCCCGCCUUCCCCAUCAGCGGGGCUGGUGGCCUCGGGAGUGCCCACGGGGCUUAAGGCCCUGGCGCAGACGCUGCCAGUGCUGCAGGUGCCAAACUCCAAGUUCGAGGAGGAAGAUGACUCCGGAGAGGUGACGUACCGCGGUGGCGUCGUCAACGGCAAGGAAGAACUGGCCACUGUGGCCUCAAAUAACGCAGUCACCUCCGUCAUCACUGAGGUCUUCAGCAUGUGUCUCGAGUUCGACAACUGCACCACCGACCUGCCGGAGCCCGUCGCCGACAAUUGCACCGCCAACUGUACCGUCGAGGACCCCAUCCACACGCAGAGGAACUACUGGACGCUUCUCCUGCUCCUCUUUCCCGUCUUUACCGUCUUCGGCAAUAUACUGGUGCUUAUGUCCGUGUACAAGGAACGCUCGCUUCAGACCGUUACCAACUACUUCAUUGUGUCGCUGGCUGUAGCCGACCUUCUCCUCGCCUCCAUCGUCAUGCCCUUCGCCGUCUACUAUCUGGUAGGUCACAUCGAUGGGUUCAUUAUCGAAAGGUAAUUUCUGAAGGCAGAAGUCGAGGGCCAGUGUGGAAGGUCAUAUCAGAAAGUUAUAUCUCCAGAGGUCAGAUCGAGACAAGUAGACGUCGCUUAUAAACGUAUUUACAUAGUUCCCGUGAAGAGAAAUGGUAUAAAAUAUCAUUGUAUUCUAUAACGGAACCAUGUAACAUACGUUUUAUAAUUGAUCGUUAGAAUAUGUGUUACCCUCUAAGAGUCACUAUUCUUAGUAACAAGGUGUUGUAAAGCAACAUACGUUACUCCUUCAGAAAUAUUUCCAUAAUCUCGCAAAAUGCACUGAAAAAUUAUUUCAAAACGCCUUUUCGCUAUUUACAAAUACUUUUACAAUAAAAACAGCUAUAAAAAGAGUUGCAAUUAUCCCAUAUAGAAAUUACAUAGGAUACACUUACACGGAAGUUUAUGACACCAAAGGUAUAUAUACUUCAUUACAGUUCAUAAUACACUAUACAAGUAAACCUGCUCCAGGGUAUAUAUACCGAAAUAUGUAUAACUCUUUGUGUAUAUAUACUGAGAGUUGAUCU